AUGGCAGACAUUAAAGAAUCAACCGUUGAAGUACACCCGGUGUCCUUCCCCACGGAUAUAUUAGCUCGUAUUUCUCCCGACCUAUCCCUUCAAAGACAUUUAUCUUUGGGAUUUAGACCAUCCUCAAGAGGAUUUGAAGAAUUUAGAGACGUUAUAAUAAAUACAGGUGACUUGACACACAAUACACAAUCUGAUGAUAGCGCAGUGAAGACACCUUCAAAUGACGGUAAACAAGUACUUGGUUCAUGUGUUCUAAAACAAGGUGAUGUAUUUGUUAUCACUCAAAUUACAGGUGGUAUAAUUGAAGACAUCACUUUGUCAACAAACGAUAUGGAAAUGGAGGAAGAUACAGAGUUGUUGGAAAUUACUGAAGAACAUUCUGAUAUAACGAAAUAUUCUUCUGUUUAUCCAGUGGUCGAAAUAAAUAGAGGUAGAAUGGGUGCUUGUACUGAUGAAGAAAUGACAACCUCUCAACGUUUGUAUGAUUCGUUACUUCACUCACAUAUAUUAACUCAAAAUGCAUUAAGAGUAGAACCCGGUGUUCGUAUAACAAAUGAAGAUGAUUCUGUGAAUAUCAUCUAUCCAGAUUCCGAAAAGAAUAAAGAAAUUACAAGUCUUUUAAAGCCUAAGAAGAAGUGGUCUUAUGUGUUAUAUGCUAAGAUUGAAGUGUUUGGGAGAACUGGCCCAGUCUAUGAUAUGUGUUGGAACUCACUUAUGGCUGCAUUACAAUCUGUAAAAUUACCAAGGACAUUCAUAGAUGAACGUGCCACCGAUUUAAAGAUGACUGUAAGAGCAAGAGGAAGAAAUGCUGUUGUAAUGGAGACAUAUAACCUAUUGUGUGAUCCAAAUGAGAGUACUAAUUUACAAUUAAGAGAAAAUUGCAUAUCAUACGCCUCAUCAUAUGGUGCUAUUAAUCUGGAUCCAGAAGCAGAUAUUGCAAAUUUAGAAGAAACUGAUGAUGUUGACGCUCCAAUGGAUGAAGAAUUAGAAACUAAGACUGUAUUAUUGGCAGAUAUAGAUGGAGAAGCUGAAGAAACUUGCAUCAAAUCAACUAUUUCAAUAACUGCAUGUCCAAACGGUAGAUUUAAACAAUUUAGUGUCGUAGGUGGUGGAGCCAAGAUAACAAAAGAGUUAUUAAUGAGAUCGAUUACUCUUUCAAAACAAAGGUCUAGCGAUAUAUCAUUAAAAGUGCAAAAAGUUUAA